GCCUAUGUCAGUUGCAUACCGGUCCAGUUAUUGGUAUGGUCGCACAUAUUACUCGCUUAGUGGCGGUUGAACUCGAGUGAGUGAAGUGACUCUUUCGCCAGAGGGGCGGUGCUCCUGUAUACAGCACCGAAAUCACAGAUCUAGCUUCAUUCAAAUUGUAUAUUCACAAACUGGAUCCUGCAAACUGUUUGUCCGUGAACUGUCCUUACUAGUGUUGUUAUCGCAGAGCUCAAAGUGACCUCAGAGAAGCUUCCCUUUGCAGCUAACUUAUUUCACUAACGGAAAAAUUAACUAACAUUUCACUUCAGAAACAAUUACGAAUUGCUAAACACCUACUAUUAGAAUCGUACAAAAUUUUAUUAACGGCGCAUUUGUGUUUUAGAGACUGUGUUAGGUGUUCUUACGUUCUGCAGAGCCAGAUUACUUCAGUGAUAUUUUACGUCGUGAUGUUUGUGGAACUAAGAAUUUAAACUUAAUUUAAUGUUACGUGUGUUUGGUGUAAUUUUUUCCCUAAAGGAACGAGUGUUCGAAGACGAGUUGCCGACUAGUAUGAAUUAAUAAGCAGUCAAGUGUUGUGGUUUGAUUAAAACAUCCUACGAUAUAAGAAAUAUAUACAUAAUACAUUAUCGCAUUAAACUAUAAAAUCAAAAUACCUAAGGAACUUCAUGCUGUAUUUGUGUAGCUCAACUUGUAAGAAUCUUUUGGAUAAAUUUUUAAUAUUUCCAAGAGCAAUAGUCUAACAAAUCCAGCAGAGUGAAACACAGAGUUAAUACUGUUAAAAGUAGAAUUUUUAAAAUAAUUUUGCGUAUAAAUUUCUAAAGACGAACAUCAAGAUGCUAUUAAGUACUAUUGCAAUCUAACAUGUAGUAUGGGAAUACCGGAUUAAGACUGCUGACACACAAAGGUAAAUAAACAGUUUACUUUAAUUUUCAGUCAAGAAGUUUUUCGUUCUUUUCAAAAUUUCCAGUGUUUUAUAUUAGUUUUAAGAUGGCUGCUUACAGAAAUUUAUAUUUUCUCAGUAACUAAUAGUACAGUGAGUCAGAUUUCAAGUAUUUAAAGUAUAUUCUCUAGAAUAACGUAAAAUAUAAAUACAAUGGCUUCGCAAAGAGCAUCUAAUGGUUAUAACAACCCAGCUUAUUGCAAUCAAUAUGAUUACGAUCAGUUAACGAGACAUUCUUCGCCAAGAAUAAUGAAUCAUGGAAAUCAGACGUACAUAUCAGCCUCUGCAGUGGACAACUAUUGCUACGAAGACGAUGAGGAAAUACAACUGUCUACUAUCGUGCAUAGACAGCAAACAAGGCAAAUGGUGAGACAGCCACCUAUUGGGGCUUCUACAACGCUUCGAAUAACAGAAUCAAGAUUCGAUAACAUCUCGCCAAGAAAACCGACGAUACGAAUGUCGCCAAAACGAAAUCAUCAAAAUGUAAAAUCAAUGAUUUCUCCUGAAAGUGUUCAUCGAAAUGAUACAACAGUCACAUCACCCGUAACUCCAAAGAAAAAUUAUUCCGUCAUUAUGACGUCAACACCAAGGAAGCCUCACAUACUUGCGUCGAAGUCUCCAGGAAGAGCAGAGAUCUUUCCGCCAAGACGACAACAAGAAUGUACUAGAAACGCCACGCCGGUAUCUCCAGUUUCUUCGGCAAGAAAAACAACAUUGCCUACAUCGCCUGCCAAGCCAUCAGUCCGUAAUAUGAAGUACGAGCUAACUCCGCAGACCUCAACACGUCCUCGCCGUAACACAGCGGUCAUACCCCCGAUGUAUGCUUGCACGGACACUUCAGUAAUCUCGUCGCCCUCGAAACAUGAACCGUUCUUGUGCAGGAAGUCUCAGACGAGGACCGACACGUCUCCUGGAUUGAAAGUGUCGUGGAUCCAUAUACCGGAGUCUAACCAGGCGCCUCCGACGGGGACAGUAAUGAUGGCUGGCGCUACGCUGCUUGUGUGUGGCGCUGUCACGAUAGCGCUGUGCCUCUACAUGAUGUUCAAGAAUGGCAGACGUUACUAUCUGGAUUUCGGAGUAAUGUCUGGAUUCGGAUCAGUUCUGUUAGGUUGUCUAGGAUUCAGAUCUAGGCGAUGGCAGUGGCUUCCAAACAGAAAUUACUUGUCAGGUUACGUGAUACUGAGCACGUUUAGCUUGCUUACAUGUGCUGGUCUGAUUGCAAUUAUGACACUGCAACCGAAACCGGGAGAGCCCCUGACAGAUUUAGCGGGAGGUGCUGUAUGUGGGAUUGCAGUGCUCUCGUUUAUCCUCGCAGCCCUUGGAGUGCUACUGUCACGCUGCUGCAAGUAUCCACCUCCUGACAACAGAGUGGAGCACUGUGCUGAAGGCUUCACUCUCUAAUAUCGUGCUUAAAAUCGAUAAGAAUGCGAUAAUCGAUAGUCCAUCAGAAGUACAAAAAAAAUUGCAUUUUCAAAUCUCACGUCGGUAAACAUUUGCUUACAGGCAUAUUUAAUGGCACUGUGUUGAAUCAGAAGCAAUCUGACCAGAAACAAGAAUGAAAAUAGACGCUUACAUUUAGGCAAUCUUUUGGUUCUGACGCAAUUUUAUCAAAAGUCUCACUUCAUGAAAAAUUCAGCUAUGCAAAUGCAGAAUUAUAUACAUCGACCUUCAGUGAAAACCAAUAUAGCCAAAAUAGUGCCUUCAGUCAAGUACAAACACUGGCCUUGAUGUAUUCUCAGAAAAUUCAGUAGAAUGGAUAAUGCUUUCUGUAUUGUGUAAGAAGUUGAAAAUAUUAGAUGUCAAUAAACAGAGUUUUUGCUAAA